CAUCAUCAUCCACUUGAAAUCAAAUUCGAUUCUAAAACUGCAAAUUAGGUUCAAAUCCGCCAUGGACAGAGACCAAGAAGAGAUGAAAUCCUUAGGUUUCUUUGCAAUCUGCAAAGAAUCUUUCAAAUUAAUCGCCGCAUGGAAGAAAGUGUUCAUCCAAAUCACUCUUGCCCUAGUUCUUCCUUACGCCUUGAUCUAUCUCACCUACCAACAAGUCUCCAAUUUAUUCUCCACUAGAAUCUUGGGAGACACCAUCAAUCUCGACGAUAGUUCUACCGGAACACCGUAUUACGAUAGAGUAUCCCGCCGCCUCUCUUCUUCAUGGAUGUGGUACUGGCUCAUUAAGAUCGUCUACUUUACUUUCCUCCUCGUUUUCUCCCUUCUUUCCACCGCCGCCGUAACCUACACCGUCGCCUCCGUCUACGCUCGCCGCGAUAUUGCUUUCCGGAAGGUCAUGUCAGUAGUUCCCAAGGUUUGGAAGCGAUUGACGAUCACAUUUCUCUGCACAUUUUUUGUGUUCUUCAUGUACAAUGCGGUUUUCAUAGUCUUCUUGGUGAUAUGGUUCUACCUUUUGUCGAACACACGGGCCAAUUUACCAUCGCUUUUCAUUGUAUCGAUUGCAUACUUGAUUGGAUUCAUCUACUUUAGUGUGGUUUGGCAAUUGACAAGUGUUGUAUCGGUCUUGGAAAACUACAAAGGAUUUAAGGCAAUGAGAAAGAGUCGACAUUUGGUCAAGGGAAAGUUUUGGCUAGGGUUCUUUGUUUUGUGGUUCCCGAGUGUCAUAAUGCUGGCAAUCGAGUUCGGGUUCCUAUUCCUUGUGAUCGAUUUGGAUGUGUUGGGAAUUGUUGGUAGAGUCUUAUUAGGGAUACUCUUUGUGGUGUUGAUUGUUUAUGUGAUUCUGUAUUCUCUGGUUAUUACCACUGUGCUUUACUUCGUCUUCAAAUCUUAUCACAAUGAAGAGGUUGAUAGACCGUCUUUGGCGAAUCAUCUUGGAGAUUACGAGCAGUUGGCUGGUCCGAAGGAUGUUCAGAUGGCGGAUGCUCGUGUUUAGAACACGGUUGUUAAGAUUUGAUACAUAAUAAUAGUUGUUUGAUGUAUUUGGUUUGAGUUAGCUCGACAUUAUAGUUUAUGUAAGUGUGUAUAUAUAUAUAUAUGAUGUGAAAUUCAUUUUGUUAUUUGUUAA